CUGACGCUGUAGAAGGAGGGAUUUUGACCAGCGAUGGCGGCCGUCGGCAGGAAUCAUCAUUACAGAGAGUCCAAAAUGCCAUUCAGACGGAAAAUAAUGCAGAUUAUAACGCACUGGACGUUUAUUGUACUACUUUUUAGUGCAAACUGGUGUUCUGCCGACGACGACCACGAGAUGGAAGAGUUUUUGAAGCGGGAGCACUCGCUUUCCAAGCCGUACCAAGGUGUGGGAUCUUUAGGCUCCUCCCACUGGGAGCUUAUGGGGGAUGCCAUGGUAACCACCGAGCAGGUGCGCCUCACACCUGACAUGCAGAGCAGGCAGGGGGCAGUGUGGAGCCGCAUCCCUUGCCAUCUGCAGGACUGGGAGAUGCAGGUGCACUUUAAGAUUCACGGACAAGGAAAGAAGAACCUAAACGGUGACGGUUUGGCCAUUUGGUACACUAAGGAACGUAUGCAGAAAGGUCCGGUAUUUGGAAACAUGGACAACUUCACUGGUUUGGGUGUGUUUGUGGACACGUAUCCAAAUGAGGAGAAACACCUAGAGGCGCAGAAGAAAAGAUAUACUCCUCGUACCCAGAGGAUCUUCCCCUUUGUUCUGGCCAUGGUUGGGAACGGCAGCAUCAGCUACGACCACGAGCGGGACGGUCGGCCCACAGAACUGGGUGGCUGCAACGCCAUGGUGCGCAACCUCAAACAUGACACCUUCCUCUUCAUCCGAUACAUCCGCCGCAGGCUCACGGUGAUGAUAGACAUCGAUGGGCAACAUGAGUGGAGGGACUGCCUGGACAUACCCGGGGUGAGGCUUCCAAAAGGCUAUUAUUUUGGAGCGACAGCCAUCACUGGAGACCUCUCAGAUAACCAUGACAUCAUUUCCCUGAAACUCUACCAACUGACGGUGUUGCGCAGUCAGAAGGAGGAAGAAGAAGAGGAAGAGGAGAUAACCAUACCCAGUGUAGAUAACAUUGAACUACUUAUAUCGAGAGACAAGCCCGAAGAAGGGAUGAGCGGAAUAGCCAUUUUCUUCACCGCGCUCUUCUCCAUGCUGGGUUGCAUCUUCCUCAUAGUCAUCGGCCUGAUCGUCUACAGCCACUGGAAUGAAAGCCGACGCAAGCGCUUCUACUGAGACAGAGAGAGAGAAGGCAAAAAAAUAGAUAAAGAUUGUGUUAACUACCGUGGUCUGUGUACCCAGCUGCACUGAGACUAAAAUGAGACACUGCUGUCGGCCAGUAGGGCGCAGCAGAUUGUUUCAACCCAAGGACAACACUAGUUUGACAGGAGAUGGAGUAUCAGCUGCUAGAGAGGCAUUCUCUAUCUUUGCCAUGCGGUAGUCAUGAAGCAGUAGGAGGACUUUAGUCACACUCAGCACCCUGCCUGACACCAACCUGGCCUUACCAUUCAUCCACCUCUGCAGACAUGCAAUAUGUCAUGUCAUUUCUUAUAAGCAGCUACAUAUUUAUUUUUUGCUGCAUUUGACAAAUAUGAAAUUCUUUAAAAAUAUAUAUAUAUAUAUAUAUCACUAUCUAGCUCACAGAUGUUUAUUUUAUGGCUUUGAGAAAUAUAAGUAUUUAAGUAUAUAGUGUGUUUCUUUUUGUGAUUUGAAGCGCUAAACAGACAGCACUACAAUCGGUUAUGACAUCUUGACAUGAAGAUGUAGCUCUACUCUUCCUUGCAUUUGAAAAAUAACAGCUGUCAUCAUUUUGCUUGUGUGUAUGUGUGUGCUAUAGUGAGCUGUAUCUUCCCAUCCUGUAGUUGUAGUAUGCAUGACAUGGAUUUUUGUAUGAAUUGUCUACCAACUAGUAGAUCGUUUAAUGUAAAUUGAUAUGAAAAACAGACACCUGUCUCAUUGAUGCAUGUGGCAAAGAUUUGGGUGUUUCAGGGAAAUAUAUAAUUAAAAUUAGAAGAUGUUUAUUUAUAAUAAUUGCUGUUCUCUUCCCCAGAAUGCAUGUUUUUAAGAAAAUGGAUUCUAUUAAUAAGUUUAGAGCAAAAUCUUAAAGUAAAGUAAAAAUGUCAGAAAUGCACUGAAAGGAUUUUUGAUGACUAUUUUAUCGUGACUACUUUUGCCGACGUUGUCUUUUUUGCACAUUCAAGCCAAAUCUGACCUUUUGUUUGCAUUUCUUUUGUGUUAUGAGUAAAAACACCACCCCCGUGUUUCUGUACUGAAUGUGUCAAACAGUGUAUGAACUAAACAAACAUGCUGGUUUGGCGUCAGGCUGCCUCCUCUGAAUCUCUUGUUGACUUCUUCUGCUUUAUGUUCUGCAAAUGGUUCCAGUCGUCAUGUCAGCAUCAUAUAUCUUUUACGUGGUGCUUUGUUUUCAAUCGUGCGAUGUGUGAGGUCUUCCUCAUUUCCUGUGGCCACUUUGACAGCCGCCCUACCUUAACGAUGAUGUGUUUGUUCCGUAUGAAAGCCUUGUGCCUCAUUUUUCCAUUCAGUGUCCCACAAAUGACAUUUUUCACCAUUUUUAUCGUGUCGUUGUCCUGAACUAUUUGUCUUUUGUCAAUAAAGAUCAAACUACAUUGUAUUGUU